AUGCAACAAUCUUCUCAAACACUUUCAGCCUCUAAUAAAGUUCUUACGAACCAUCCUGCAAUUGGCCAUGUCUUUUCUCCAAUGACUUAUCGCAACCCUCUCUUGCCUUCUGUCUUUACAAAUAUUCCAAUGGGAGCUAUGCAAGCGCAUAUGAAUCAAAACAAUAGGAACCUUCCUUACGCUUUACCAAAGGCCUUCCCUUACCAAAAAGGUACUACCGAGCAAGCUGGUAUUCUAGCCAAUUUUCGUAUGGGCAACAUUACUCAACGGCCUCCUCAUCCUCGACCUGUUACUGAUACAAACAAGACUAACGGAGAAGAACUUGGAAAUUUCCAAGUCCUACCUUAUGGUUACUGGGACUACCGUGCUGUCCUUAUCCACAAUAUGCCCGCUUACUACAAUAUCUCCGAAUUUAUGAAUCUUGGACGCUUUGGAACACUAGAGCGUGUUGUCCCAAUAUAUGAGAGAAAUCAACUUUUCCUUAAUUUUCUUUCUGCUGCUGAUGCCUUUGACUUUUAUAACGCUGUUCGUCAUACCGAUUUUACUUUUAAGAACCAGCGACUCAUUGUCUCCACCAUUGAUAUAAUGCCAUUGGAACCAUCUAUUAUGGAAGCAUGCCAACAAGAUUUUGUUAGCAGAAACGUUCAAAUUACCGGCCUUCCUUCUAAUUUUGAUGAAGCAGCUUUUUUUCAACAUGUAUGCUCUCUCGGUAAAGCCGAGCUUAUUUCGGUUUGCAAGAAUACCGACUCUAUUUACGUCCAUUAUUUGAGCAUUACAGAUGCUCUUCACUGCAUUGAUUCUCUUCAAUCCCAUCCAUAUUACAGAAAUUUGAAAUCCUGCUGUUUCUAUGAACGAUGCGAUCGUUACUACGCUCUUGAUUUCCACGUCGAAAAAACGGUUCCUAGCUCAGCGUUCAUGAAACCUGAAGGUGUUUCUAAUAAGAAUAUGUUAAAAGAAUCUUCUAUUCAAAACCGUUAUACCAACUCUUUUAAGAAGUCUACUGUGCACAACCCUGUUACCCAACUUGAACACAAAUCCAAUGCAAAUAGCCCUCCUUCCUUGUCUAAAAAUGUUCUCUCAGAAAACAAUGUCACUACUGAUACGACCAAUAAUAAACAGUGCUCACAGCCUGAUAAUGUUACCGAUGCAGAUUCUGCUCCUAUGACCGAAUCCAAAAAAUUUCACUCAAAAGACCACACCAGUCUUAAAGAACUGAGCAAUGAAUUAUUCCCUGAUCUCGAAAGUUCACAUCAAAAAGAUUCUAAAACUCUUUCCUCAGAGCAAAACAUUUCCAUAUCCGUUCCUGGCCGUCAUUCCAAGACUGCUGCCUUACAAAAUGUCACUAAUUCCUCCUCCUUCGCUUCUCAUUCGCACAAGUCGAAAUUUAUUGAACCAACUAACAAAUUGACCAGCCCUAUAAAUUCUCCAGUUGGUAUUGGUAAUGGAGAUAAAUAUGCUUCCCUUCACCUACUUAAUGAUAUCGAGUGUCCGCAAGAUGGCAUUUCCCCUAAUUCAAAUAAUCAGAAUAUUACAAACUCCACAGAUUAUGAUCAAGCAAAUGAGGGAUUUUCUGCGAAUCCAGAACCGGAUGUUAACAUGAAUUGCAUAACCCAAGACAAAGACAAAGCUAUAAGCAAUGAAGACAAGGACAAUCUACCAAAAGACUCUACUGCGACAUCAAACUCCAAUUCCUCCUGUGAGGAAUUUUCUUUUUCAAAUGAGAAUUCUAGAAAAACUACAGAGAACGGUUUUUCAAGUGUUUCCUCUUCCCCAAUUGACACAUAUACACCAAUAAAGACACAUUUUGAAAACGACAUUACAAAUCAAAGUCCUAGUACAUUUGAAUGUUUCUACAAUACCGAUUCUCCUACUCCUCUCCCAGCAAAACAUAGUGAUGAAGAUUCCAUAAAUGAUUUUAGAUAUCUUCCAAGGUUGACAACCGAGCUGUCAUCUUCAAAAAACUCCUCAGUGCUUACUUCUCCUACGCUUGUUGGCUCGCCUCUUGACACUCCUAUGAAAUCUUUCGCCGACUUUUCCGAAUUUACUGCCUUGGAUAUCAUGUCCAAACCUUCCACCGAUAACUACCUUGCCCUUGAUCUUGAUCCUUGUUAUAAAAACCGAACGCUUUUCUUAAGCAAAAUCCAUAAAGCAACAAAACAAUUCGAGAUCAGCAAAUUGUUUCAAGGAUUUCCUAUUGAAGAAGUUCGCCAUUUUUCAAAGAAAAAAAUAUGUUUUGUCACUUUUCUUGAGUCUUAUGAUGCAAAGAUUUUCUUGGAUGCUCAUCAAAAACAGCCAGCUUACUUACAUGGUCGCCCAGUAAGACUCGAAUGGGCCAAGUCUGACAAUCCUUUUACUGACAAGCUGUUAUAUGCAAUUUCCAAAGGAGCACGUAGAAGCAUUUCCUUUGAAACGAAUCGCUUGUCGAUUCCGCGAUGCGAACUAGUAUCAAUUUUCAAGAAAUUUGGUGAUAUUGAAAGCUUUCAUUUCUCCAAGAAGACAAAUUCUGGAUCCAUUACAUACAACAAUAUUUAUUCUGCAAUGGAAGUUAUGGAAAAUCUGCAAUCACAUUCAAUCUUUCAAAAUGCUACCAUUGAUUUUACUCAGGAAGAUCGGCACGACCUUCUAAACAGCCGUUAUGACAAACAUUCUUCCCUUCAAGGAGAAAAAAAUAAUAAAUUCACUAAAGGAUUUUCUAUUCCAGCGCUUCAAUCACUUUCCUCCUGUUUUCCAAUUCAUGAUUUUAACUCUCCUUUACAAACAAAAGGCACCGAUUUUCGUCCAACAAACUGUGCCAUCAUCUCCACUAAGGCAUGA